ACUAGAGGGCGAGGAGCAGCAAACAUAGUAGAAGAUGACCAUUCUUACGAAACCCUUUGGGGAUGUGAAGAAACCAGAGAAAACUGUGCUACCUCUAGUGGGAGGUUCGGGAGCUCCGGAAGUGCCAAGUGCACCUACGGAUCAUUCUCGCGAUGACGAAUCCGUCGCGUCCAGCAUUAUUCUGAUUCGCCGAGCUCGCCGUCUUUCGUCGGCCACAACCUACAUUUUGUUUCUGAUCGCCCUGCUGGUCACGUCACUGGGAAUCAUAGCGGGUGUGUUCUACUACCGUCAGUAUGCGCUGUCUCGGGGUCAUAUGCGGUUCCACGGUUUCUGCCAGAUUCCGUACGAUUCGUCCAACAUCAACGACAACAAUAUGGUUUACAUGAACUCGAUGCUUCGUGACGAUACCGACGACGGAAUGAACCGGUUGAAUUCGGCACUGCAUCGGUUCGGUCGUAUCGAAGAUAUGUUUAAACCAUUCCAGAACGAGAUGAAUGAAGUGGAAACCCGAUUGGAGGAGGCCGAAAAGGAUAUCAGCGAUCAAUUCUUCAAGGAGGAGUUCGAGCUUGGCUUGUCCGACGAUGAAAACUAUUCGAAAAUCGAUGUGCCGGUGUUCCGCGGUCAGCGGCAGGGUCGUUUCCUGCACGACUUCCGGUUCAACCAGUCCGGCAUCAUCGAUAAGGACAGCGGCCGUUGCUUCCUUAUGCCAUUGGAUCGAGACACGGUGCUACCGCCGAAAUCUCUUCGCGAUUUGAUCGAGAAGAUGUGGAACGGAUACUAUAAUAUCAAUACGAACACGGUUCGCAAAAACAUGCGUGUGAUCACUCCGGAGCUUAAGGAUUUAAGUGAUGUUUCACCCAGAAUUACCAAAGAGUGCGAGGAUAUGAAGAUCUAUCGGUUGGAAAAACUUGUCUCAGGAGUUUUCAAACGUUCUGCAGAUCUACAUGAGCAUGCCAAGUUUGCUGAGUUUGGUGGCAACUACAUCUCUGUGAUCGACAUCCAAAACAUGGAGGAUGUUCUCGAGUAGAGUUAAGCAGCGGUCUAACUCAAAUAAUCACGUGGAGAAAGUUGAGGAAGUAAACCAUAGAUUAUCGUAUCGGUGGUGGAAUAUGAGGACACGUCAAAAAACUCGAAUCUGUUCCGCCAAUCAAAUACGAAACACCUAAAAAUUUAUUGAAAAUAUCUACCCAGCAAGAAGUAAUAGAUUUAGUUUUCUUACUUGUGAAGCUACACGUUCUAGAUCGUUGGGAACGGAAGAUAGAUCAAUUUCCCUGUAACGCUUUGCAACAUUAGUGCGUCAAAGAAAAAAUCGCAGAGUUAUAUGAAUCGAAACUAGUUUUGUAUGAAAAAAUGAUAGAUUAGUAACAGCGAGAUUGCAGAUUGAAAAAAAGCAAACAUUUCACUAGCUUCUCAUUCGGAAUAUAUUUCAACAGGACAUUGGACUACAAAAAUUGGUUGGAAUAGUUUUUACACACUGCAGCUAUCAUAAUUGUUUUAUCAACAUCUCCUUCUAAUCUCUGAAUGUAGCUUUCGUGAAGCAUUCCUUGUUCAUUUUCUCCCGUGGAACGAAUCAAUUCAACAGUGUAUAUCUUGAUAUAAAAGUGAUACUGUUUUCUGAUUUUUUUUAAUCAAUUAUAAAAGUCGAGUUGAUAGUGUUUAAAAGUCGAUUUGCAAUUUACAUUUUAAGUAACGUAGUGAGGGACUUGGCGUUACCCAUCAAUAUUAAAGAAGGGAACUAAGCUAACAAAGUGUUAUUUUCUGAACUUGUAAUAUGAUCAAUAUCUAUAAUAAAUCGUUAAUUUACCGUGAA